AUGGCUAGGCCAGCAAACGCUGCUGUGAGAGAAAACAGACGCCGAACUACGCUUUUGGACCUGGAGCGGAUGAAUGUGCUCAAGGCCCUAACCGCGGCUGAGCACUCGAGGCGCCAGUUCAUCUUGAAUUUCGCUGCCAGUAGAGACACUCAGCUCCUCGUACCUGGAAAAAAGGCGGACGCCGUUAAAGCCGCCGAGGAGUGGGUUGCAGUCUGGCUCAGCCAGAAUGGUUACCAAGCGGUGAACAACGACCUUUUCAAAUACACAGUCGAUGCACGCUUGUGGUCCGCUCAUGUCGGGGACGACGUUGACUUUCCGUUCGCCUUCAUGCGAGAGAAAUUUGAGGCCUCACUCAGCGACACCUCUGAGGUUGAUUGCAAACCCCCAAUUAGCGAGACUUCACUCGUUGCUCACGAGAUUGAGCUCGGAGACGGGCAGACACCCCCCGCCCCGGCUUCCGUAGAGCCCACCGGUCCCGAAGUCCGUUCUCUGAAAACGCUGCCCGAGCGGACAGCCCCAUCCACGCCGCAGAAACGCAGGCAGCGCUCGAUCACGGACCCCAAGCCCGCCGAGGCUUCAGACAGGAAGCGAAGCAUGUCCUUGAACAGCCUCGAUAUGAAGGCACCAAAAGCCGGCCAAGCAAAGUUUCCGUUCUUCCGCGUCAUGGUGGAGGAGUGCAGGCAAGGGCGCAAGGGAUGGACGGGCCCCGGCAAGAGCGUGGCCAAGCGCUUGGCCGAAACACUGCGUGACGACGCUCAGUCGCACAGCGGGUUGCACUGCCACGUCGGUCAGCUGCCGACUCCCCACAUCGACGCUUGGGUCGUGGCCGAGGGCGGGAAGGACCGUGACUCCCAGUGA